GGGGAAACCCUUUUUUUAUUUCCAGCAGGACACAUCUGGCAAUGGAUGUGACAUUCAGCACUGCCCAGGUUUCUUCCACUUGGAGGAGGCAAACUGGUGAAUGGAAGAAGGCAAUCCUCUGGCAGUGGGAUGCUAGGGAGCGAUAAUAAGGCAAGUUUGCUUGCUUGAAGGCUGCUGAUAUCUGUGGUUGGAAACUGGUGGAUGUCUCAUGAUGGACCUUAGAGAAGCUGGCAGAUGUUGGUGGAUGGAAACCAGUGGUUUUUGGAUUCAGAAGUUGGUAGAGGCUACAAGGCUAAAGCAGACUGAUGUUUGUGGAUGUCGGCUGAUGGAAGUUCACCUUUGGAAGACAGUCAACAGAAGCCAGUGGAUAUUUGUGGACUGAAGCCAGGGCACGAACGUGAAUGGAUGUCAUGUUUUUGGAUGUCGGCUGGUAUAUGUUUGUGUGAGUACAUGGGGGGGGGGUGGUUCAAAUGUGGUUGAGGCAGAAUGGUGUUUGUAUGUGCACGAAUGUGAUGUGUGAAAGGUAGAUAUUCAUGAAUAAAUGGAACCCAGGGGAGGGGGGGAUAUUGGUUUCAUGGAAUCAGAGAAUCAGGGAAUCGAGUUUGGGAGGGACCAUGAGGGUCAUCUAGCCCAACCCCCUGCAAUGCAGGAAUCUUUGCCAAAUGUGGUGCUCAAACCCACUGGCAUGCUUUUGAACUGCUAGGUUGGCAGAGGCUGGGACAGAGCAACGGGAGCUCACCCCGUCGCGGGGAUUUGAACCUCUGACCUUGCGAUCGGCAAGCCCAAGAGGCUCAGUGGUUUAGACCACAGUGCCACCCAUGUCCCACUUUGACUAGAGAUACCACCUCAUUGACAAGAGGAAUCCAUCCCAGUUCUACCAUAGAGAAUUACAGUAUAUACUAAACAAGACCCUACAGUUGAAAGAAAGAUUUUGUAACGGAAAGCAGCUGGCAUGUUUCAAACAAGAGGAAGAGACUCAUUUUGGGGAGGUUUCAAAUGUAUUUCUGAGAGACUCCCUAGAAAGCACAGGCUCCAGUUGAGCCACGAUCUUGUUUUGCAAAGUCAAGUUGAGCUUGGAAGGAUGGAAAUCCCACGGAUUUCCUUUUAACAGGGAAUGCUGACGUCGCAUCACCUCUUCCAAAUUGUGGAUAUAAAUUAACUUUUCAAUAAAUAACCACGGAGCUUUUGGGGAAGGGGGGCUGUGAACGUCCCCCCAGCCUUAGAAGCCAACCAACAUGUCUCUUUUCCGGAGCCCUUUGAGCUUUUGUUCAAAGUUUGAAGGCUGCUCUCUGACAAGUGAUUUGUUUCCAUUAGAACAUGCCUCCUUCCAGCCGUCCGUGACCAUCUUGUACUUAGGGCUUUAUAAGCAGCACGUCUCAACAUUCCUAAAAUCCCAGGGAGGAUCUGAAAAUAGAAAAAGAAACGAGCAUUUAAAUUAAAAGCAAUGGCCCUUAAAUAGAGCUGCCAUGUUUUGAGGCAAGAUAGUGUCUCUUUUCCCCCUCCUUCUCGCUUCCCUCCCCCCUCCCACGGGGUUGCAAGUUGCUUUUUCCAGAAUACAGUGCAAAGCCACCGAGAUUUGCAUUCCCUCUUCUAUUUAUAGGAGCCUCUUUUAAAACGAAACAGGUGUCAAGUUGAAUGAGACUGAAGCAGGCUUACAUGUCCUAUAUGGCUGGAAAAGCAAGAGCCGGGGCGUGUGAGAGAGGAAACAGGGUGACUUGGGUGAUUGGCAGAUUGGUUGCUGAAUGGAGCGAGCAGCCGAAUGGGGAAGAGGAAAAGCUGAGCUGCUUCUUUGCAGGGCUUCGGCCAUCUUUAAUUCAAUCGAUUUAGGAGAAUUUAAUGACAGGGGAAGGGACCAGCUGGCUUUCCCUGCAGAAUUAAAUCCUCCAAAGAUUGAGAGAGACGAAGUGAGAGUUAACUGUGCAAUGCAAAUCCCCUUUGGGUGGAGAGUGGCAUUGGGCAGAGGGGCAGCCGUGGCAACCUCCGCCAGCUUGCCCCAUUGCCAGCAGAGUGAUAUCAGUGCCAAUCCACCGGCGCAAAGCUCUCCCGUCCACUCACUGAACAGGCAGACAGGAGUGAUGUUGUCUGGGACCCUGCCAGUGGGAACCAUUGGAAAGCCCUGGAAUGGGGCAUUCAAUGGGCCGGUGGGAAGGCCAAGGGUCCAGAUAAUGGGUCGAUUACAGUGGUACCUUGGGUUAAGUACUUAAUUCGUUCCGGAGGUCUGUUCUUAACCUGAAACUGUUCUUAACCUGAAGCACCACUUUAGCUAAUGGGGCCUCCUGCUGCCAUCGCGCCCCUGGAGCACGAUUUCUGUUCUCAUCCUGAAACAAAGUUCUGAACCUGAAGCACUAUUUCUGGGUUAGCGGAGUGUGUAACCUGAAGCGUAUGUAACCUGAAGCAUAUGUAACCCGAGGUACCACUGUAUUUGCUUUGGAUAGGGUCAUGCUUCCCCUGAAACAGCAAGUUAGUAGUCUUGGGCUGCUCCUGUGUGCAUCUACCUCAGCGGCUAGGAGUGUCUUCUACCAUACAGUGGUACCUCAGGUUAAGUACUUAAUUCGUUCCAAAGGUCCGUUCUUAACCUGAAACUGUUCUUAACCUGAAGCACCACUUUAGCUAAUGGGGCCUCCAUCUGCCGCUGCGCUGCCGGAGCCCGAUUUCUGUUCUUAUCCUGAAGCAAAGUUCUUAACCUGAAGCACUAUUUCUGGGUUAGUGGAGUGUGUAACCUGAAGCAUAUGUAACCUGAAGCGUAUGUAACCCGAGGUACCACUGUAGUCGCCUUUGACUGGACUUAACUGUCCACGGGGUCCUUUCCCUUUCCCUUUCCCUUUCCCUUUCCCUAUCUCUACUCUAAGGGAGAAGGCAGUCCAGUUGGUAAGAGAGUCUGAUGUCCAGAACUUCAAAUAGAUCUUGGCCACAGCCAUCAUUUAUUUAUUGCAAUAGGGAGAUUAGCAAUUGUCAUUUUAGCACUGUUUUGGAUCACGUCUCACUUCUAAUGGAUGCUCUUCAGUAUCUUCCUAACUUCAACAUUCCUAACUCUCCCUGGAGAGGCUACUGCCAGUAGAAGUGGCAGGUGAGUGUGGGCCCGGGUUUUGAGGGUUGGGCCCUAGGUCACAUGACUGAGCAGAAGAGGGUUUGUUGUGUCCCGCCCUCAGCUCUCUGCCACAAUGUCCCUUUGGGGGACUUAUACUGGUGCAAGUUGCACAGGUUUCAGCUGCCCCAGAUGAGCUGCAGUGAGGGACUUCAGGCCAAUGUAGAUAGGAAAGCCCAAGGUUGGCCAAAUCCAAACUCUUUCAUCCUGCUGGAUCUUGGGUUUGGAUUAUGCUGUAAGUUAGUGCUGUUGCCUCUGUAUUAAAUGAACACAGUGAGAUUUUUAACAGUGAAACUAGGAUGUGGCUGGAUUUUGGAUGAAAUUAUUAUUAUUAUCAUCAUCAUCAUCAUCAUCAUCAUCAUCAUUACUUUAUGCCUCUAUGUGUAUGGCUUUUCCGCACAUAUCCUUUAGUCUGUCCCAACAGAUUUUCCUUCCUACUAGACAGAAGUACUGUUUUUGGGGGACAGGAGGUGGGCAGGUGUGGAGGACUCCCAGGUCCUGAAUGGGGUAACUGUGCCCGUGAAGGACCAGGUGCACAGCCUGGGAGUCAUUUUGGACUCGCAGCUGUCCAUGGAGGCGCAGGUCAACUCUGUGUCCAGGGCGGCUGUCUACCAGCUCCAUCUGGUACGCAGGCUGAGACCCUAUCUGCCCGCGUACUGUCUUGCCAGAGUGGUGCAUGCUCUGGUUAUUUCUCGCUUGGACUACUGCAAUGCGCUCUACGUGGGGCUACCUUUGUAGGUGACCUGGAAACUACAACUAAUCCAGAAUGCGGCAACUAGACUGGUGACUGGGAGCGGCCGCUGAGACCAUAUAACACUGGUCCUGAAAGACCUACAUUGGCUCCCAGUACGUUUCCGAGCACAAUUCAAAGUGUUGGUGCUGAUCUUUAAAGCCCUAAGCAGCCUCGGUCCAGUAUAUCUGAAGGAGCGUUUCCACCCCCAUUGUUCAGCCUGGACACUGAGAUCCAGCUGCUAGGGCCUUCUGCCGGUUCCCUCAUUGCAAGAAGUGAAGUUACAGGGAACCAGGCAGAGGGCCUUCUUGGUAGUGGCACCCACCCUGUGGAACACCCUCCCAUCAGAUGUCAAGGAGAUCUGAAGGAGAAGACAUCUGAAGGUAUAAGAAGGUUUUUAAUGUUUAAUAUUUUAUUAUGUUUUUGUGUAUGCUGGAAGCCACCCAGAGUGGCUGGGGCAACCCAAUCAGAUGGGCGGGGUAUACAUAAUAAAAUUGUUCUUAUUGUUCACCCAGUGCCCUGCAGGUUGCUCUUUUUCCAGAAAAUGUGGGGAGAGAAGCACUCUGCUUUGUAAGUGGUGUCUAACAUGUUGAAAGUACACCAAUAAAAGAAUGAAAAUGGUUUAUUGAAUAUUUACAUAUAAAUUAUAAACAGAUAAAAACAUUGGCAGGAAUAUGGUGAUAACCUGCAGUUUCAUAAGCGUGUAUAUUUAAAGAAGAUGAAUAAAUGAGUAAAUUAAGUUAAUUUGGAUAUGCGGAAGAUAUUAAAAGCAAAUUUAAGGAAUCGCAGAAAGAGGGGGAAUGGAGUAAAUUUUGAAAUGUUAAAAUGAAGUGCCUCCAAUUGCCAAUAUUGGUCCCUCUGGCAAAGACUGGCCGGCGACUGCUUGCCAACCAUGUAUGCUUGAUAAAUUGGAGCCCUGCCAUAAUGUCUCUGAAGUUUCACCAGCUUCCAUCUGCAGUAAUCAUAUGGGCAUCAUGACCACAGUUGCGCAUUUGAUCCUGUGAUAUAUAUGACCACUGUUCCUUAAAUCCUUUUUAGAGGUGGCAGCCUGGCUGUGGAAAAGAUGUCAGGCAGAUGAACCUGAGUUACCCAGUAUCGCUCGCUGCCAAAGAGUCUCAGGUUGCAGCCGUUCCUCCUCGAGGCUGCAAUCAUGCGCCCAUCAGCCAAAAGGAAAGAAUAUAGUGAGCAAAUCAGAAGGAAGCAGCAUGGGUUAUUUGGAAGUCUGUCCAGAAUGCCAGUUGGGCUGUUCUGGCUGUCCCCAAGUACCCCAAGCUGUGUGCAAACUUAGAGUUGCUGGCUGUCAUUCUCUUUCUCAUACAAUUGCAUACAAUUCCAGGAUAAUCAGGUGCCCCUCAACCUCCCACUUGUCCAUUGGAUCUCUUUCUUUGAAAUUCAUUCCCAUUGCUUCCUAUCCCUCUAGCUUUCAGUUGACACUUCUGUUUAUUUGUCAGGGCAUUUACUGUAUUUUUCGCUCUAUAGGACGCACCCGACCAUAGGACGCACCUUGUUUUAGAGGGGGAGAACAAGGGGGAAAAAAAUUCUCCCCCUCUCUGCUCAGCACCCCUUCAGCGAAGUGGCAGGAGAAACGGAGCCCCUUCCAUUUCUCCUCCCGCUUGGCUGAAGGGGCGCUGCGCAGCUCUCCCUCGCUGAAGCCGGGAGAGCAAGGCUCUCCUGGUUUCAGCGAAAGGAACCUGAAGCCUGCGGAGCGCAGCGGGAACUCGCGCUGCACUCCGAAGGCUUCAGGCGGCUAUCCCUGAAGCUUGGAGAGUGAGAGGGGUCAUUGUGCACGACCCCUCUCGCUCUCCAGGCGUCAGCGAAAGCAACGCGAAGCCUCCGGAACGCGGAGGGAGCAUUCCCUCUGCGCUUCGGAGGCUUCGCGUUGCUAUCGCUGAAGCCAAGGAGCCUGCAUUCGCGCCAUAGGACGCACACACAUUUCCCCUUAAUUUUUGGAGGGGGAAAAGUGCGUCCUAUAGAGCGAAAAAUACGGUAUUCAUUUAUUUUGAAAAAGAGGUUCCUGAACUUGUUGGCUUUUUUUUAGGGGGACCAACCAACCAAACUUUGUUGAGCACGCAGUCAAGGUUGUUGAGCUAUUUUUUUUGGGGGGGGGGGGAGAGAUUGCCCCUAAGUAAUCUUCUCUUCUUCACCCACUCACCCUACCAACGGUUUUGGCACCUUACGAUGGCUUCCUCUGCUGCACCACACCAAUCGCCGUGCUGCUGUGCCACAAUACUACAGAGGUGCUGGAAUGCACCAAAGAGGUGCCGGAACUCACUUCUGGUGAGUUCCACCUGAAAAAGCCCUGCCUACACUCACCUUGAAGGUGCAGCAUUUUAGACCAGGUCCUCAAGGUGGUUUUGCGUACCACCUUUGCUUCUAGCAGAAUGUCCUCCUCGUCAGUGGUGUAGCGUGGGUUGCCAGUACCCGGGGCCGCAUGGUGAGAAGGAAAUGGAUGGAGUACGCAUGCGCAUUCAACUGCCUAAUGACAUCCAUGUCACCCAAGAGAUCGAAACUGCAGAGAUAAGAAAAGAAGAGUCAUUCUGUUGUCUGCAGAUGUCACUUCCUGGUUCGCAUGGAGAAGCCAUUUUUAAUAGAGCCCAGUGUCAGAAGCACACAGCAGUAUUGAGGCAGCACCGGAUGUUGAAAUUUUGCACCCCUAACAAAUUUGCACCUGGGGAAACUGCCCCUUUUGCCCCCCCCUCCACAUGCUAUAUUACUGCUCCUCAUGAUGGGAAGCUGUUCCAGAUGUUCGGUUGCCGCUUUGCUUAAUGACUCUUUCCAAAAUUCAGGAUUCAUGCUGGUCAGUUGACACGAUGCCCAAGGGUAAAAAAAGAAAUCCAUUUGUAAUCAGAAAGCUCUCUUGGGGAGGACUGCACAAUAAUGUAAGUGAGUUAACAAAGAGCUGGUUUGCAAGCACUGAAGGAGGGAUAGUUUGAGGCUGGAGGAACAUGGCUCAAUUGAUAGAAAAGCAUUACCAAAAUCAUUUUGUUGGGUCUCUUUACCACUUCCACCCAAAAUGAUAUGUCAAAGGUAGCCUAGGGGAAUGGCAUAGGUUUCAAAGAAAUAGCUUCACUGCAGAGUGCUCUUUCUGGAUGCUUUUCAUUCACCAAGUGUCAUCUUGCAUAUUGACAGCACGUCGUCUCGUUAAAGACUCAUUGCAGAGCAUUCCAGAGGAAUAUUACCUUACCCACUGGAAACUUGGACCAGUGAGUCUAUCAUGCCUUACAGUAUUGACAGGGUUGCCUGGGUCACUUCUGCCUUCUAUGCUGGCCUAACAGAACGUGGAAGGUUGGUUCUUGCAACCUGUGAGUGCUUUGCUGGGUGGGCGUUUUGAAUACCAAGGUUUAUUCAACUUAUGAAUUGCUUCCCUCAACAAAAAGCCCUGGUGCAGUUUGCAAGAAGGAUAAAAGGCAGUAAUGAAAAUACAUAACCAUAUUAGAAGAAACCAGAGGCCUUUCUCCUGGGCAUGGUCGGCCAAUUGGUGUUAAAGAAAGACAGAACUUUUUUUAUGUAUGCAACAACAGCAGCAAGAAUACUCAUCGCGAAGUAUUGGAAGACACAAGAUUUACGCACACAGGAAGAAUGGCAGAUGAAGUUGAUGGACUACAUGGAAUUGGUGGAAAUGACUGGCAGAAUCCGAGACCAGGGAGAAGAAUCGGUGGAAGAAGACUGGAAAAAGUUUAAAGACUACUUACAGAAAUACUGUAAAAUUAAUGAAUGUUAGAAAAAUGUUGGAAUGAUGUUAUAUGGCUUUAGUAGAAAUGUUAUAAGGAAUUAGGUAUAGGUAGAUUAAUAGGGUAUUAAAGGGAAAAAUAAGGUUAGAAUGUGUUAAGAUAAUUAUAGGAUAGAAAAUAGAGGAAGAUGGAGAGGAAUUGCUGAAACAAUUAAUAGAAGUGGAAGACAAAAAGCGAGGUGUGAGGAGGUCGUGGAAACAUGUGAAUGAAAGAUAAGAUAUUGAAAUUGGAUUGUGUUUUGAAUGGUUUUUGUUUUGUUUUGUUUGUUUGUGUUAGUGUUGUGUAGUGUUUUUUGUAUGGUAUUGUAAUGUUGUAUUGUUUUUCUUUGGUUUUUGUAGUGUUGUGUUUAAAUUGUUGAAAAUCAAUAAAUAUUAUUUUUUUUAAAAAUGAAAAUACAUAACCGUAUUAAAGACAUCAUCAGAGUAUACACACACACACACACACACACACACACACAACAUUUAAUCACUGAUGCAGCCAAAAUGUCAGGGAAAGCAAAAACUUAUUUGCCUGGCACCAAAAUAAUGACAAAAUUAUGCCUGAUGGGUCUCCCUGGGGAGCAACUGCAGAAAAGGCCUGUUCUCUCAUCACCACCCUCCGGACCGUCCUCAGAGGUGGCACACAGAGAAGUGCCUAAGAUGAUGAUCUCAUAGUCCACACUGGAUCAUAAGCUUGGGUAUUACCACAAAAGGCCUUUUCUUCAGCCACCACUCACAUGGUAAAAGGUGGGGCUCUCAAAAUAUCUUGAUUGAUAGGCUCAGGUGGAAGAAGACACUCAUUCCAAUACCUGGGCCAGGCCAUCUACAAAUCUGCAGGCAAAACCUGACAUCUGGAAUUGAACCUGGAAACAAAUUGACAGCCGGUGAAGCGCUUUCCAUUCUGGUGUGACAUUUUCUCAGUGGUCAACCACAGUCAAUCUGUCUACCACAUUUUGUUUUGGUUUUUUUUAUAUAUAAUUUUUAUUGAUUUUAACAUAUAAAUUAUAAAAUGUACCACAAAACUUACCACUUAUACAAUCUUUUUUGACUUCCAUCAGCACCUCUGAUGAUCCACCGUUUUAACCAGUUCUUAUGCAUUUCUUAACUUUAUAUUGCCUUAACAUCUCUUAACAAAUCAUCCUUCCCCUUCUCCAUUUUUGCAAUACUUCCAAUAAUACUCCUCACAAAACUUCUUGCAAACCUACAAACGUCAUCUGAUCUUCACAAAUACUUUUCAAAUAGUCCGUAAAUUUACUCCAGUCUUCUGUGAAUUUCUGGUCCCGCUGGUUUUGAAUCCUUCCUGUUAGUUUAUCUAGUUCUGCAUAGUCCAUUAACUUCAUCCUCCAUUCUUCAAUCGUCGGUAAUUCUUCUUGCUUCCAUUUUUGGGCCAGUAAUAUUCUUGCUGCUGUUAUUGCAUAUAAAAAAGCUUAUAUUCCUUUCUAUUUAUAUCACUCCCCACAAUGCCCAGUAAAAAUGCUUCUGUUUUCUUUAUAAAUGUAUAUUUCAACAUUUUUUUCAUCUCAUUAUAUAUCAUCUCCCAGAAGCAUUUCACCUUUUUACAUUCCCACCACAUGUGAUAAAAUGUUCCCUCUUUUUCUUUACAUUUCCAACAUUUAUUACUGACUUUAUACAUUUUCGCUAACUUGACAGGUGUAAUAUACCAUCUGUACAUCAUUUUCAUCACAUUUUCUUUUAGGGCAUUGCAUGCAGUAAAUUUUAAACCUUCUUUCCAUAAUUUUACCCAAUCACUCAGCUGUAUAUUAUACCCAAAAUCUUUGGCCCAGUGAAUCAUAACCGACUUAACCUCCUCGUCCUUCAAAUACCAUUCAAGCAGCAAUUUAUACAUUUUUGACAAAAUUUUAGAAUCAUUACUUAAUAUCUCUAAUUCAAACUUUGAUCCACUUUAAUCAAAUCCUUUUUCUUUAGAGUCCUGUUUAAACAUUUCAUUGACCUGGCGGUAAUGUAGCCAAUCAUUUACAUAUUCUUUAAUUUCUUCAUAUGGUUUCAUUUUCCAUUUACUUCCUUCCAUAUAUAUUAAUUUCCCAUAUGUUAUCCAUUUCCCACUCAUAAUGACCUUUUUCACACUGAUCGCUGUCCACCACAUUUUGGACCAGUUGAAGGUACGGUUCACAAAUGCUCUUCUGGGUCAAUCCCAUGUACUGUAGAGCAGCCAAAAUUCAUGAAAGUCACUGCAAACUGUCAACACCACCUGAAUGCCCAGUGCUGGACUUAGUGACAUCCUCAAGCUGUGAUCUGGGUCAAAAGGGGAGACUCUGUCCAGAGCCAGGCUUCCUAGUCUUCCUCUCUUGCUCCCAAUAGCAUGGAGUCCUUCUUCAUCUUAAGCAUUGUGAAGUUUCUUUUUUUCAUCUAUUUUUGUUUCUUGAAGUCUCCUUCAUCUCUCCAUUGUUUGGUCCUCUUUCUUAGAUGCUGCCUACUAUGUAUUCUUCCUUCAACAUCCUCACUGCUGGCCUGCUGUCUCCCGAGAGCCAGCGUGGUAUAGUGAUUAAGAAUGGUGGACUCGUAAUCUGGAGAACCGGGUUCGCUUCCCCACUCCUCCACAUGCAGUAGCUGAGUGACCUUGGGCUAGUCACACUUCUCUGAAGUCUCUCAGCCUUACAGAGUGUUUGUUGUAGGGGAGGAAGGGAAAGGAGCUUGUUGGCCGCUUUGAGACUUCUUAAGGGGAGUGAAAGGCAGGAUAUCAAGUCCAAAUUCUUCUUCUUCUUCUUCUUCUUCUUCUUCUUCUUCUUCUUCUUCUUCUUCUGGGAUCAGGCUGCUCUAGUUUAGGGAAGCUUUUAAUUACAGUAUUUGAUGUAUUACAGUAUUUGAAUUUUUUUUGGAAGCCGCCCAGAGUGGGUGGGGUAUAAAUAUAUUAUUAUUAUUAUUAUUAUUAUUAUUAUUAUUAUUAUUAUUAUUAUGUCUAGCCUCCAGAUAACCUCAUCUUUCAUUUUGGUAAAGAUAUAUUUUGUAGUUUGCAUGAUUUUGCUGGCACUGUUUUUGGUUUAGACUCAAAAACCCAACAUAGCCUGGGUCAAGACAUUCAGUGUCCAAAGGAUUAGGUUGCUGUAUACAGUUCCCUUUCUCCUUCUGGUUCUUAUUGUCAGUUGGUUGAAUAAAUAUUCUCAAUUGUUUCCCCAGAAUGACAAAAUUUCAAUUCUUUGUUUUGAAACCAGAAUCUGUUGUGGAUUUUAAAAUGCUGAGUAUAUUUAGCCCUGGCUGAAGUGUUAACCCACAGAUGCAAACAAUAAAUUCCAAGAUUCACCCAGCAUAAGAAAGAAUACAUAGCAAAAAUAUAUAUAUAUAAAAUAUAAAUCCUCUUAUGUGGUCUAUAAAUGCACCUGGUUUGCUUUGGGGGCUCAGGUCUUCCAGUAUGGUGAACAGUCUUGUUAUGUAAGUUGUGAUCACUGCAGAGGGUGGGAUGGGGAGAGCCUCUCAAAUGUCCUUAGAAAACAUUGUGGACUAUUUAAUAUCUGGCUUGGUAAGCACAGUAGUUAUGAAACAGCUUUUUAGAAUAAUUUUGGAACUCUGCCUCUGUUUCUGUUUAUUUUAAGGCUUAUUUGCAAGGGAUAGAGUGACCGUGUCCUAAAGUAUACUCCGUGCGAACCCUCUCAACCUAACAAAUUAAUACCCUACCAAUAAGGUCAUUCCUUGAAGCGAAGACCCAAUGUUAACGAUGCCCACAACCGUUGCCAGCAUUUUCAUCAUCCUAAUAAAUUUACUCUCAAUUUCAGGAGGUGAGAUCAGGACAUGGUGGACUAAAGAGGCAAGAGGGGUUCACAGAGGUCGGUCUGCCCUCAGUGCCACAUAUUUAGGAGACCCCAGGCAGGUCUCCAGUACUUAGGUCACAGUUCUCAAAUGUCAAUAGAAUGAAGGAACUCUGGGCUACUUCGCUCCCUGCCUCUGGAAACUUCUAGGUAAAGAUGUUCCACAUUUGUGUUUUAACGCUUUGUAAAAAUGUAUUGCCAGGUUUGUUUACACAUUUAUAAAUGUGUGUCAUUUGCCUGUUUUGGCUUCACUAAAUUAAGACCAUUUGCAUGAACAGGGCAACACGUUUGUUCUGGAAUACAAAAUUGUUAAGCUUAGUAGCCUUAAGAACAGUGCCUGCUAAAAUAAUUGGAAUAAGCUUCAGAAACCUGGGUUCCCAGGCACAAUUAAAUAUUCUCUAGUUUUGUUGUUGUGAACCUUUUGAAAUACAUACCCUCACAUUUUUCAAACUUGCAAAAGCUUCAGGACUAGAAACAACGACAUUAUUAUUGUUUUUUAAAAUUCUUACAGUGAUUCCAAAAGCCACAUGUACUGGUUGGGUGUUGCCAACCAAUUUCUGAGUUUGUGCAGUAAAAGGAAAUGAAUGCAUUUAUGGUUGUGCUUAUACAUGUGUCCUACAGAUAAAAUGACACAAAAAGGUCCUUACAUAUUUAUGGCAGGUUCAGGAUCCCUUAGCUAUAGAAAGCAAAAAGAGAGCUGAUGUAGCAUAAUUUUGGAUUAUAAAUAAUCCCUGUGAUAUGGACUCUUUCUUGCCACAAUGUCUGUCACGGGAUUAUUUUUUGUUGUUGUUCUUAUUCACAUCACCGUUAAAGAUUUUAUUUGUUUGCUUUCCGUAGAGGUUGUACUGGGCUUGUGCGGUUGGGCAUUCCUGCCUUAUUGAAGCCCCAUUCUUGUGCAAAUCUAUGCUGCGCAUUAGUAUAACAGCACAAGGCGUAGAAGGAGAACCAAUUUGCUUGCUCAUUUAUUUGCAAACUCAGGUAUUCAGAAUGCACGCUUGUCAAAUGUAACAAGUUGCUCCUACACCGAUUCUUAAGUGCUGUCUAUAUACCAGUGCAACAAGGCAGCAUCUAGUUAUGUGAACUUCACUCAACUCAAAUCCAUUCUCUUGCCAGAGGAAACCCAGUAACCCCAGAUCUUUUAAACACAAGAACUAGGGACAUUGUGUCACGACUGAGCUAAGUAUUCAUUUCACCAGUAGAGCCAGGCGGGGAAGUUUGGAAAAGUGGUACUUUCCCAUAUCUGUUUGCUAUGAAGGUACACCCUGUUGAGUGUCUUGGGACAUCAUGUGCAGUGCCAGAAGCAAGUGUGAAUUCUUUCCCUGUACUUUGCAGGAAUGAUGGCAGGAACACGAGAGGCCGUUGCAAUGGAGGAAAGAAUGUGGUAAGAAAGACUCAGUACGGUCCGUACGCCAAUAAAGGUUUGAGAAUCCUACUCAAUACACCUUGGCCAUUCUUGUUCCAGUUUUGUAAUCCCAGAAGUACUGCCUGCAGAAUUAGCUAGCUGGAGCAUUGUGGUGCAUCACUGCAAAUACUCAACAAACGGCUACAGAUCAAUUUUGCCUGUGUCGGUGUGUGGGACAAGCCACAGAAAAGGAAUGCUUGUAAUAACAGGACUGUGAACUGUAUACAACAAACGACUUCCAUUAAAUAGGUUUAACAAGUCAGCCAGUCCCUAUGGAAUAAAUGACACAGGAUAGUGACAGAGGCAUGCGCUCUGAUUAUGGAGACUACAGGGAUUGGUGUCUGUUUUUAGAGCAAAAAAGGCACAAUAUCCCAGUGCCAGAUACUUCAAGUACCAGAAUCCACCGGUGGGAGGGGGGAGAGUGGACAGAAACUGGGAGGGAAGCCAUGCACCUCUUUUGCUCUAAAAGUUGAGUCCUCUCAUCCAUUUGGUUAAGUCAGGUCUUGUUGGUCUAAGAUGGUGGACAGCCCCACCCCCCAAUGCUGGGACCAACUUAGUGCCUCUGCUGUGUAAAUAGAAAUAUAAACCAAUCUGUCUUUUUAAAUAAUAAUAAUAAUAAUAAUAAUAAUAAUAAUAAUAAUUUUUAUUUGCUUUUACAAGUGUAAAGAUACAACAAUACCAAAUACAUAUCCAUAUUUAAAGAUUUCUCGGAAUCGCCAGACUUCCCAUCAUACCUUCCCUGGGUCCUAUUGUCAACAUUUUCAGCUACAUAUUAUUUCUCAUCCAUAUUUUAUAUCUCUCCAUAUUGUCCAUAGUAGUUGUUACAUUACAAGUGUUAUUAGAAUCCUGCUAAUGUUUUCAUCUGCUUACAGUGGUCUCCUAAAUAAAUUAUAAAUGUUUCCCAUUCUUUCUUGAUGUUUUGGUCUUCUUGGUUCCUGAGCUUUCCGGCCAGUUUUACCAUUUUGGCAUAAUCGAGCAGCUUGGUUUGCCAUUCCUCUCUGGUCGGGACUUUAUCUUCUUUCCAUCUCUGGACUAAUAGCAUCCGUGCGGCUGUUGUCGCACACAUAAAGUAUUUUCUGCUCCUUUGGGAUGUCGGUAGCUACAAUUCCUAACAGAAAGGCUUCUGGGUGGCUUUUUUUACAAAGGUUAUUUUAAACAUUUUUUUCCAGUUCAUUAUAUAUCAUUUCCCAGAAUGCUUUUAUUACCUUGCACGACCACCACAUUAUUUAUUUAUUUAUUUAUUUUGAAUACAAUCUUAAUUUUAUUUUCACUCUAAAUUUAGACUCUAGAUGGAUACAGCAUCACUCAGAUCCUGUGUCCAAUGGCUUUGGCAGGUAGGUUGGAGUGGAACUUUGCCUGCACCAUGCUGCUGUUUCCAUGGGCAUGGGUCACAUUUCCCAAGAUCACUCUGGUCCUGUUGGGUUUGCCACCAGGAGUCACAGUGUUUUUUUUGCUUUGCACACAUAGGUGCAUUUCUUUCUUUUUUUUUUUAAAUAAUUUUUAUUAAAGUUUUAAACAACAAAGAAAGAAAAGAAAAACAUACACAAUACAUAUAACAAAAACACAAAAAAGAGAAAAAAAACCAGAUUCAACAAUAAAAGUACAAAAAAACAUAACAAUUAAAAACAGUAUCUCUUUUCCAUUUCCGUUUUUUAGUUACUUAUUUUCUGGACUUCCUCAUACCUCCCUCUUUUGUAUUCCAAUCCAAAUUAUUUGUCCAGCAAUUUCUUUUCCACUUUUUUUAAUCCCAAUCUUUAACUUUAAUAAAAUAUUGAAAUAUAUAACUUCAAUUUCUUUAAACCUGAUCUUUGGUCUUAGUAUCAUAUAACGUUAAAAAUUUCCCUCUUAAUGUCAAAUUUCCAUUUCUUUAAACAUCUUUAAUCCUAAUCUUUAAUCUUAGUCUAUCAUUAACUUUAACCUGUACAGCACGAAACUGCUUAUUUUCAGUCCAGCAUCACUCUAACAUUCUUUAAUUUUGCAAUGUUUCUGAAGAUAGUCUUUAAAUUUCUUCCAAUCUUCCUCCAUCGACUCUUCUCCCUGGUCACGGAUUCUACCAGUCAUUUCCGCCAAUUCCAUAUAGUCCAUACACAUUGGUGCAUUUCUUGCCCAAAUAGAAUUCUGUCUCAUUACGGGAAUAAACUCCCUCAAUUUUCAGAAGAGCUGUUCUCUCUCUGGUUUCAAAGACCUCGCUUGUAGCCAGCAGAAGUGGCCUUGGACCACACUCUGCCAGUCAUGGUGUUGUCUUGAAGUCCUGUUCCCAGCAGGCCUCAGCAGCACCGAGCCAAGAUGGCGGCGAGAAAGAGCCCCGACCACCACAUAUGAUAAAAAAGGUACCUUCUUUUACUUUGCAUUUCCAGCAGGUAUUUGUACUUGUGUUAUACAUUUGCACUAACUUAUUAGGAGUCAAAUACCACAGAUACAACAUUUUCAUAUACCGUAUUUUUCACUCUAUAAGACGCACCAGACCAUAAGACAUACCUAGUUUUUGGAGGAGGAAAACAAGAAAAAAAAUAUUCUGAAUCUCAGAAGCCAGAACAACAAGAGGGAUCACUGCACAGCGAUCCCUCUUGCUGUUCUGGCUUCUGGGAUAGCUGCGCAGCCUGCAUUCGCUCCAUAAGACACACACACAUUUCCCCUUACUUUUUAGGAGGGAAAAAGUGAGUCUUAUAGAGCAAAAAAUACAGUAAUUUUCUUUCAGCGUACAACAUGCCGACAAUUUCUAAACCAAUCUGUCUUCAUUCUCCAGGGGGAUGUUGGAUGGGGGGAUUUCAGGGACCACAUCUGGCCUGCAGACCGGGGGUUCCCCACUCUGCUUCGUGGCACCGGACUGCAUAGGCUGUGUCUGUUUCGUAAUGUUUAGCCCCAGUGUCCCCAAACAGCAUGUGUUGGGGUCAAGCCGGUUUACUGUUCAGGCUGCCUCGAAACAGAACCGGAAUGGCGCCAAGUCAUCGAUGGAACCACCCAAAGCUGCAUUUCUGCCACACAGAAAAGCCCUCCAUGUGUUCCCAUCUUCUCCUAAAAAAAACCCAGAGCCAAAAGCUACCACAUCAGUCAGGCUUGCUAUAAUGAACUCCAGCUUCUCCUCUGUUUGGUCCUGGCAGUGAUGCUAUACAUAUCAUAGGAAACCACGAACCCCAACCGCAAGACGAACGCCUCCGUUUCUGUGCAACGUUUUCCUCCUGCAGGAUGCUCACAUUAUCAGGACUUGGGUGUCACAAUGCAGACGCUAUUAGAAGGCACCUGUUCGAUACAAUGGAAAGGCAGUCUCCUGUGAUUAAAAUAUCUCUUUUAUGACAAAUGCCGCACAACUGUUUGGCUGCAACUAUAAAGCAAACGGGCUAUUUGCAUAUGAAAGGGGAUUCUUAUACAUUUGGGAGUGAUGGAAUCGGAUCUCUAUGUGGCCAAGGAAGUGGGGAUAGGAAAUAUUUUCUCUCUCCUUUUAUUUCCAUGGAUGUUGAUAGGGAAAGGCCACGGUUUUGCAUCCACUGUUCUGGAGCUAUUGAUCCGGGCAGCACUGAUUGCUGGAAUGUUAAGUCUGUCGUCUCAGCAAGGAAUCAGAAUUAUGCAAGAUGUGCCAAGAGGAAACUUACUUUCCAGUGUGUGUGUGUGUAGUUUGACACCAACUGAGCAAAUGCAGCAAGUGAGAAUUUGAAGUCUGGAAAUAAACAUGUAUAUUCUUUGUGAUGUUAUUAGCAGUGAAUACUGAAAACAAGCCGGGUUUCAGUUCAGGAUCCCAGUAUGAAUUUAAUGUAUUAGGGAGCCCCGCAGAUAUCUGCCGGGUACUCUGAAGGACACAUGCAUGCACACACGAGCAAGUAAAUAUACAAGUAAUCACACAAAACUGAUUUGGUUUGUGAGCAGGGACACUGCUUGUCCCGUCUUCAAGAAACUAUUCUUACUUCCACUUUCCUAAUGUAACGAUCAGCAUGCCAUUGUGGGGCUGGUACCAAGCAUGGAUGCGGGUGGCGCUGUGGUCUAAACCACUGAGCCUCUUGGGCUUGCCGAUUGGGAGGUUAGCGGUUCGAAUCCCUGUGAUGGAGUGAGCGCCUGUUGUUCUGUCCCAGCUCCUGCCGACCUAGCAGUUUGAAAGCAUGCCAGUGCAAGUAGAUAAAUAGGUUCUGCUGUGGCGGGAAAGUCGUCAGCAGCAGUGUCUGGGUGUAAAUUGGUGAAAAUGUCCUGGAAAAUCUAUACGUAUGGCAGCCUGUGCCAAUUUUGCCAUUUCUCCCUAAAAAAGCUCAACAACGUUUUUUGUGUGUCUGGAUUUUCACUGUUUGAAAUAUGGCAAUCCUAAUGCACUGGGAAGUGUAGCAUAAUGCUUGCUUUGAUCCAACACCUCCUAACUUCCCUGCAAAAAAAUCAAGAAUGAAUGCUCAAUAUAUAGGUCAUCUGGAAGCCCCAUGUUGCUCCCUGCAGCCCCUGUUUCGCAUCUGGGUCCUGUUGGUGGACUUUAAGGUUCUGGUAAAGAGCAAAGUUGAUCCUGCAAACUAGAAAGCCAUUUGCCCUCCUUCAGCAUAUCUUUGGGAUUGGGUCUUUAAAAAUAGUGUUCCGUGGCAAAAUCUGUUCAAAUGUAAUGUUGAUACUUGUUAACAGACUUGAGUAAUUUUAUGAAAGAGGCAGAUGAUCAAGAAACAAGACUGUCGAGAACUUAGCAUAAAGGCUAAUCCAACUGUGUACUGAGAACCGAUCCAAUUAAAUCAUACAUUUGCUAUUCAUCCCUUUUAAUUAAUGCUUCCCUGCCUCGUUUACGCCCACAUUAAACCAUCCCUGAAUUAUGGUUCUUGGCUCAUGCAAGUUUGCAUGACACAAGUCUCUAUUAACCUUGCAAAGAUGAUGGUGGGAGGAACAAAGUGGGAUUUAUGUAACAAGGAAACACAGAACUCGUAAGUGAGGAUUUAGCAUGCUGCCUCACUCAGGCAUUCCACAUCACUAUGCCUUCCAAUCUUGGUUGGAGGAAAACUGUUACACUUUUUAAAUGGGCAAAAGAAGCCCAUAUUAGGUAAAUAACAGGAGCAAGGACAAGGAUCUAUUUCUAAAGCAAGCAAACAAACAAACAAACCAAACUACAUGUGUAUUUCUGCACUAUAGGGAAAGACAAAAAUUACAUUUAGGAUUUGCAGGCUCAGUGGGCUCAUUCAGCUCAUCUGAAGGUCACAAAAGUCAGUGACACCAGAAAUUGAGCUCCUCUGCUGAUCCUCAUCCCACCUGAAAUGGUGGGUGAGAAUCUCCAGUUAUCUAUCUGAAGAUGUGCUUUCUCUGGACCACCCCAUUGACUUUGUUGACCAGUUUUUUUCCCAUCAGGCUCCUCCUUCCAUCAGCCACCAGCAUUCCAUAAGGCUGCAGCAGAGUGAGAGCGGAGAAGUAGGAAUAAUAAUAAUAAUAAUAAUAAUAAUAAUAAUAAUACCUCGCCAUUCUGGGUGGCUCCCAACAGAAUAUUAAAAACACAAUAAAACAUCAAAACGUCAAACAUUAAAAACUUCCCUAAACAGGGCUGCCUUCAGAUGUCUUCUAAAAGUCAGAUAGUUGUUUAUUUCCUUGACAUCGGGUGGGAGGGCGUUCCACAGGGUGGGUGCCACUACCAAGAAGGCCCUCUGCUUGGUUCCCUGUAACCUCACUUCCUGCAGUCAGGGAACCGCCAGAAGACUCUCAGAGCUCGACCUCAGUGUCCAGGCUGAACGAUGGAGGUGGAGACGCUCCUUCAGGUAUACUGGAAGCUAUGCUGAGAAGCCAACUAGUUUCUCACAGCCCACAGCCCCCGUCUAGCUUCCAUCAAGGUAAGGAGGAGGCAUGAUCAGAGUUUUAAGGACACAUUUCAGCCAGGCAAACACACUCCCAGAGGGUCUGAAGCAGGACUGGUGAGAGGGGUGGCCUGAGGAGAGAGGCUGUGGAGUUCCAGUGGCCAGACAAAGAAGUCCAGAGGUUCCCCACCCCUGCUUUGAAUGAACAAAUAAAUACAUUGUAUAAUGUUAAAUAUGACAAUCAGCGUGGAAGCAGCUGCUGCAUCUCACCUCACAAAAUGCACCUCCGCCAGUGCUCUUCCCUCCCUCCUGAGGUGACCAGGAGUCUCAUGUUGACCCAGGAAGCCCUAAUGGUGGACAAGAGACUUAUAAUGAUGCACUGGAAGAAAAGAGAUACGAUUCACCUUAAUCAAUGCCUUGACAGCAUGACAAUGUUGGCAACAUAUGAACGGACAGCUUAUAGAUGCAGACUUUCUUUGGAUAAAUACAAUGAUAUCUGGAAAGAGUUUACACAGAAUAUCUUUCUUUUUUGGUGAUCACUUGUAGCCAAGUAUGAUUGUCUUCCAUGAACAUGGUCUUAACAGUGAGUCCGCAAGUGCCUGUGGAGGCCAGUUCUGGAUCCACACCUCCUUUCACAAUGGGGACAUAGGUUUCCAGGUGGGAGUUGAUCACGGUGAAGGUUUGCCAAAUGUGCCUUUCUUUUAGCACAUUUCUCGUCCUGAGUCAGAGCGUCUUCAAAGUCCAUGACACCUUUGGUAAAGGCUGUUCUCCAAUUGGAGCGUUCGCAGUCCAGUGUUCCCCAAUUGUCGUUGUUUAUACUAUAUAUUUUUAGAUUUGCCUUGAGAGAGUCUUUUAACCUCUUUUGUUGACCACCGGCACUGCGUUUUCCAUUUUUUAGUUCAGAAUAGAAUAGUUGCUUUGGAAGACGAUAAUCAGGCAUCCACACAACAUGACCAGUCCAACGAAGUUGAUGUUGAAGAAUCGUUGCUUUGACACAGAAUGUAUUAGGUUACGGACAAUUAUAUUAGGUUCUUGAACAUAUUAGGUUAUUGACUCUCCUUCCUUGGAGAUUUUUAAACAGAGGUUAGAUGGCCAUCUGUCAUGGAUGCUUUAUCUGGGACUCCUGCAUUGCAGGACUAGAUUUGCUGGACUAGAUUUGAAUAGUCUGAUUUGAAAAUACGAAAGAAAGAGAGAGCAGGGAAGGUCUUGAAAUUGCCUCCAAAACAGCACCCAGGCAGCAGAUUCAGCAGGUACACAGACCACCUAGUUACAGUCUCCCCCUUUGUGGUUUAGGUGUAUGGUGCUAUGAUUUAAUUUAUAGUAAUUACUUCUGCAUUUGAAUCUAUUCAUAUGCAAAGUUUAUGCAAAAUUCAUGCAAAAUGAUACCUUUUUUUGUCCUCAUUUGCUUGUUUGGUGAUGCAUUCAUUCCCACUUCUCUGCCAAUGUGCAUGUGUGCACCUCAGAUUUGUGCUUACUGAACAACAACACAACACAACAAACUGAGAGGAGUGUAAGGUAAAAGGUAAGGGACCCCUGGAUGAUUAAGUCCAGUCAAAGGCGACUAUGGGGUGUGGCGCUCAUCUCACUUUCAGGCUGAGGGAGCUGGCAUUUGUCCACAGACAGCUUAUCAGGUCAUGUGGCCAGCAGGCCUAAACUGCCUCUGGUACAACAGGACACCGUGACGGAAACCAGAGUGCACGGAGACGCCAUUUACCUUCCUGCCACAGUGGUACCUAUUUAUCUACCCGCACUGGCAUGCUUUUGAACUGCUAGGUUGGCAGGAGCUAGAACAGAGCAAUGGGAGCUCACCCCAUCGUGGGGAUUUGAACCACUGGCCUUCCAAUCGGCAAGCCCAAAAGACUCAGUGGUUUAGACUACAGCGCCACCUACAUCGCUAGAGGAGUAUAAAAAGUAGCGAUGCCUUUGUUGCCUCAGAUGGAAUCCUAAGCAUCAGGUUCACCAAACUGAGUUCCACUGGAAUCAAUAGGAUUUGUGGCCAAGUAGGCAAAUAUUUUGACAAACCUAGACAGCAUCUUAAAAAGUAGAGACAUCACCUUGCCAACAAAGGUCCGUAUAGUAAAAGCUAUGGUUUUCCCAGUAGUGAUGUAUGGAAGUGAAAGCUGGACCAUAAAGAAGGCUGAUCGCUGAAGAAUUGAUGCUUUUGAAUUAUGGUGCUGGAGAAGACUCUUGAGAGUCCCAUGGACUGCAAGAAGAUCAAACCUAUCCAUUCUUAAGGAAAUCAGCCCUGAGUGCUCACUGGAAGGACAGAUCCUGAAGCUGAGGCUCCAAUACUUUGGCCACUUCAUGAGAAGAGAAGACUCCCUGGGAAAGACCCUGAUGCUGGGAAAGAUGGAGGCCACAAGGAGAAGGGGACGGCAGAGGACGAGAUGGUUGGACAGUGUUCUCGAAGCUACCAGCAUGAGUUUGACCAAACUGCGGAAGGCAGUGGAAGACAAGAGUGCCUGGCGUGCUCUGGUCCAUGGGGUCAUGAAGAGUCGGACACAACUAAACGACUAAACAACAACAACAACAGGCAAAUAUUUCCCCACUUUACUGAAAACUCCCAGUGCAGUCCUCGGAAGUAAGCCUCAAUGGGUUUGACAGCACUUACUCCCUGGUGAUUGUGUCUUGGAUUACAGCCUCAGCAUCCCUUCUGCCCCAUGCCCCUGAGGCAGCAAUCUGAACACCGAAUCCACUGUGGUCAAACACUGUUAUCUCAAAGUUAAUAAUCUGCUUUUACAAAAGCACUUGAAUAGCUUACUGUUUCUGUAGAGAUGACAGAGGAAGAGCUAUUUCACCCAGUAGGUCUGCAAGAAAAAACACUCAGACACUCUCUGUGAUGGAGCAUUAGAUUAUUCUUUUCUUAAAAGGGAAACACUAUUAAGGAAAAUUUAAGCUAUGGCAACUGUUAAGGUCACCGUUGGACAUUAGAUGCCUUUUCUUGGAAACACAAACUCUGCGAAAGCGUCUCUCCAACAAAGAAGGAGAGAAAAAACACUGUUUGAUGGACUUAGAUCUCAGUAAUUUAAAAAUCCUUCUGAACAUGUCAGUGUGAGUUCAAAGUAGCUAAAAUAGCUGCAAAUGUGACGUGCUAGGAAUCUGUGGCAGGGCUGAAACAAUCAGAAGAGCAAACAAGUAAUGAUUAAACCUCUAAUCAGAAGCAUUAUCCGUUGCUGUGUUUUUUCUUGUAGCUGCAGGAAAAGAUGCUGUAACAGAUCUUUAAAUAGAAAACCUGAGGCUAAAUUCCACUUCAUCUAUCAAAAGCAGCUGCUAGGAGAUGACCUAAUUUUAGCAGCUUAUCAAUUCCUUAGUGCUUGUUGGUUGAUGUAACUUUGAUCCUCUGAUGCUAGAUGACUUUUUGUGCUGAAUAUAGCUAGAAUUUAAUGUGAAUCUUUUGGAUGGCUGCCCAGCCAGGCUGCAUAAUCCAAACAAAGUGGGUGGGUGGGUGGGGGAGAAAGAGUAGGACAUGAUUCGAGCUACUCACGUGUACAAUAAUACAGCCCUUACGCACGCACACAUGUACACACAGAGCCAUUCAUGUCGCCAAGCACAGAUUUUAAAUAUAGUGUUCUCGGUUGGUUUCCUCUCCUCUCCCAAAGAACGCUUUGCUUUUCACAUGGCAAAGACCUGAGCAUUUUAGGAUUUAGCUGCCGCCAAGCUGUAAUGAUAAUUGCAGGAUGCCUGUAAUGAAUGUUUUCCAACCAAAUCAUUGUCAUUUCAUAGGGCUGUUAUUUCUAUUUAUGUACAGAUUAGCCAAUGCCUUAUCAAAGGGAGAGAGAAAGGCUUUGUUUUUGCUUUUUUCCAGUAAUCUGCAUUGUGAAGGGCCUUUUGUCUCCCUUGCUGUCCCCCCUCCCCUUUUCAUGUAGAUUCUCUAACUUGUUUUUCUGUUCUUUUUCUGGCUCCUCUAUAAAUCCAUCUGGGGCACACAUGCGACUGGCUGGGCAUGUAGCCGAUACUUCGCACCGACUUACAUGCCCUCCCUGGCCUUGUUUGUUAGUCAUCAGGCCAGAGGAGGAGUUUGGUGCCCUAUUUCCCCCCUUAACGUUAUGAAUAACAUUAUGUAAAGGGGGGCGGGCAAGGCUAAGUUCAGCCUGAUUCAUCGCUUUCCCUCAGACCAAGGAGGCAGCUCUGUCUUCUCCCAGGAUCUCUCAGGGACCGGGGCCAUUUUGGGGCAUUGUUGACACUGAAAAGGUCCAUGACUCACCGCGUUACCUUGAGCAAGUGAGCAAGUGAGCUAUUACUCAUUUACGUUUCUUAGUUAAGGCAUGCAAAUACAGUGGUACCUCGGGUUACAUAUGCUUCAAGUAACAUACGCUUGUGGGCUUAUAGCCGAAUAAAGUAUUAUCUAUCUAUCUAUCUAUCAGGUUACAGACUCCGCUAACCCAGAAAUAGUGCUUCAGGUUAAGAACUUUGCUUCAGGAUGAGAACAGAAAUCGUGCUCUGGUGGCGUGGCAGCAGCAGGAGGCCCCGUUAGCUAAAGUGGUGCUUCAGGUUAAGAACAGUUUCAGGUUAAGAACAGACUUCCGGAACGAAUUAAGUACUUAACCCGAGGUACCACUGUAUAGAACUAUGAGGGAACUGAAGCUCAUGCAGUCCAACCCAAAACUUUUACCUGAUCUGCAUUUCAGCACUCUCAUGAGAAAAGUUAAGGAUGCAGGAGGUGUCCUGUUCUAAACCACUGAGCCUCUUGGGCUUGCCGAAGGUUGGCAGUUCGAAUCCCCAUGACGGGGUGAGCUCCCAUUGCUCUGUCCCAGCUCCUGCCAACCUAACAGUUCAAAAGCACACUCCCUAGCAUCCCACUGCCAGAGGAUUGCCUCCUUUCAUUCACCAGUUUGCCUCCUCCAAGUGGAAGAAACCUGGGCAGGGCUGAAUGUCACAUCCAUUGCCAGGUGUGUCCUGCUGGAAACAAAGGUUUUCCCCCUUGGCCUGCCUUUAUAUCCACUCUGUUGUGAAGUGCUUUUGUGACAUCACAAGAAACCCACAGCCAAUGGCAACAGCUGAGGAGCCAUCACCUUCAUUGCUUUGAGCCUCACAAUGGCAGGUGGACCUAUCAGUGGUUGUGUGCUUCUUUAUUCAGGAAGUGGGUGGCGCUGUGGUCUAAACCACCGAGACUUUUUGGCUUCCCAAUAAGAAGGUUGGUGGUUCGAAUCCCCGUGACCGGGUUAGCUCCCAUUGCUCUGUCCCAGUUUCUGCCAACCUAGCAGUUCAAAAGCAUGCCAGUGCAAGUAGAUAAAUAUGUACCACUGUGGCGGGAAGGUAAACGGCGUUUCUAUGUCCUUUGGGUUCUGUCACGGUGUCCCAUUGUGCCAGAUGUGGUUUAGUCAUGCUGGCCACAUGCUGGCCGGAAAGCUGUCUGUGGACAAAUGCCAGCUCUCUCAGUCUGAAAGCGAGAUGAGCGCCGCAACCCCAUAGUCAUCUUUGAUUGGACUUAACCGUCCAGGGGUCCUUUACCCUUUACCUUUUUACUCCCAUGAGAACAACUCACACAGGGUGUGUACUUCAUGAGAGUGUGUGGGGAGAACAGUCUUCUCUAUCCUAUUGUGCUCCAGAGAUUUGUUGGGUUAGUUACAUUUUAUUUUGGUAUUUUGUUUUACUAUUAUUUAUUAAUUUUUUGUUAAUUUUUUAUUAUCUAUCUAUAUCUAUCUAUCUAUCUAUCUAUCUAUCUAUCUUUUGGUACUGUACAAUUACCUUUCCCCUUUUCUCUUCCUAUGGUGGCAGCAGAGCUAAAUUUCAUGACCACCAUUGAAUUUUCCCAGAAUGCCACAUAUAUUUAUUUUUUAUUCGCCAUUCCACAUGUGUCUCAAGUGAUGUGCAAAACUCAAUAAAACAGCUUUAAAAAACACAGAAAAUAACAUGAUAUAAAAUUUAAAGCAGCACAAAGUAGUCUCUAUUCUCUCUCUCUUUUAAUUUAUUUAUUUGGUUUUUCAGUUUAAAGUUUUACAAUCGCAUACAACAUAAAAACAAGAUUUCAAAGAAUCGCCUGGACUUCCCUCCUCCCUUUUGCUAAUCAUUUCCUCCUGCAUCUUUUAUGAUAAUCCAUAUAUUUUACAUCUCCAUUAUGUCCAAAAUUCACCAUUAAACUACAAGUGUUAUUCUAAUCCUACUAAUUGUUUUAGCUGUUUACAAUGGUUUUUAAGAUAAAUUAUAAUUUUUCCCCAUUCCUUAUUAAAAUUUUGGUCUUCCUGAUUUCUGAUUCUUCCGGUCAUUUUAGCCAUUUCAGCAUAAUCCAUCAGCUUCAUCUGCAAUUCUUCUCUGGUCGGGACUUUAUCCUCUUUCCAUCUCCGGUCCAGUAACAUCCGCGCAGCUGUGGUCGCAUACAGAAAUAGUCUUUUCUGCUCCUUUGGUAUUUUGGCACCUAAAAAGUAGUCUCUAUUCUCUGCUGUGGAUGCUUUAGGUGAGAUUCCUGCAUUGCAAGGGGUUGGUCUAGAUCAGGGCCGGAUUUAGGUUUGAUGAGGCCCUAAGCUACUGAAGGUAAUGGGGCCCUUUAUAUGUCCAGAUGUCCUUUGUCAACAACAAAUUGUCACUGUUUUUUGUUGAAUAUAUGCUAUAUGGUAAUUUAUGGACCUAAUAGGUAUCUAAAGCCAUUUGCACAUAACAAAUAGGAGCCUACACAACACAAAACACUGUUGCUGUAUGUAGGUUUUGUUUUAUUUGUUUUUUAUCUUAUAUUUUGGAAAUGUACAUCCAGGUGCGUUUUUUUCCUUUAAAUUUUUUUGGGGACCCCAAAAGAGUGGGGCCCUGAGCCAUAGCUUGUUUAGCUAUACGUAAAUCUGGCACUGGUCUAGAUAACCCUUGACUCAAACUAUAUGAUUCUCUAGUUCUAUGUCCCAAAAUUAUGCAAUGUUUGGAGCAUUUGAGGGGAAUAAAGCAGCUCUGUUAUUGUUGCUGCUUGGGAUAAAUAUGCCGUAAAUAAGAGGUGACUAGAAAUUAUGCACCUAUUUGAUACUCAAUGAAUUCAUUGAAGAACAAAUGAAAAUGCAGCCACAGGGGCCCCGUUCAGUUCCAUUUUUUAUUUGUUUCAAAAUGAAUGCAAACACCUCAUUAUAUGUGCCAAUGGCUGCCAGAGCAAAUCUUUUGGAUGCUAGCGGCAGCACAAAGCCUUACUUUGAAUGCACAAGUUUUCACAAGUUUGGAACGGCAGCUUUGCACGACGAGUCUAGUUCAGCUCACUGUGAAAUUGCCUGUUGAUUCACCUGACCUGCUGCCCGUGUUACCGCUAGUAACACUUAAUAUAGCACUUUGAAUUCAAAAAGCCACCAUUUUCUGCUAGUUUCUUCCGUACAAUACAUACCUGCCAAAUACGCUCUUUACUUUAUAUGUAUAUAGCCAUAAUCUUAAUAAUAAUAAUAAUAAUAAUAAUAAUAAUAAUAAUAAUUUAUUUAUACCCUGCCCAUCUGGCUGGAUUUCCCCAGCCACUCUGGGUGGCUUCCAACAAAAGAUUAAAAAUACAUUAAAACCUCAGUCAUUAAAGACUUCCCUAAACAGGGCUGCCUUCAGAUGUCUUCUAAACGUCAGAUAGUUUCUUAUUUCCUUGACAUCUGAUGGGAGGGUGUUCCAUAGGGUGGGCGCCACUACCAAGAAGGCCCUCUGCCUGGUUCCCUGCAACCUCACUUCUCACAGUGAGGGAACCAGCAGAAAGCCUUGGGAGCUGGACCUCAGUGUCCAGGCUGAAUGAUGGGGGUGGAGACGCUCCUUCAGGUAUACUGAGCCGAGGCUGUUUAGGGCUUUAAAGCAGGGGUAGGCAAACUAAGGUCUGGGGGCUGAAUCUGGCCCAAUCACCUUCUAAAUUCAGCCCGCAGAUGGUCUAGGAAUCAGUGUGUUUUUACAUGAAUAGAAUGUGUGCUUUUAUUUAAAAUGCAUCUCUGGGUUAUUUGUGGGGCAUAGGAAUUCAUUCAUUUCCCCCCAAAAAAUAUAGUCCGGCCCCCCACAAAGUCUGAGGGACAGUGGACGGCCCCCUGCUGAAAAGGUUUGCUGACCCCUGCUUUAAAAGUCAGCACCAACACUUUGAAUUGUGCUCGGAAACAUACUGGGAGCCAAUGUAGGUCUUUCAAGACGGGUGUUAUAUGGACUCGACAGCUUAGGGCAGCCUAGGGCAAAGAGAGAACCCAAACUCAGACUUCCUAACCCCCCUCUGCCUUGGCCACUGGCCCACUUUCUUUUGCACUGCCUAGGGCAAUUUCAUUUUAAUUCCUAAAAUAACCGGAAGGUGUGAACCAGCUUAUAAAUUGCACAUUUUAGCAGUUGUUUGCCCAGCUGGCACUUACUGGUUAGGCACAUUUGAACCUGGAGAAAGGAAUGAGGGAUGCAUACUUCACUCCUGGCCCACUGGAAAAUGCUGCCAGGCAACAUGACUAACUAGUUCAGUUGACAGAUUUAUACAAUAAGCUGGCAAGAGUGAUUUGGUAACCUAGAUGCAUCUCAUUAACCUCAAUUCAGCAGCUAUCAUUCUUCCACUUAUGCUUAACCCAGAGACUUGCUAUCCAGGUCUGUGGGUUAAUUUAGAAGCUUCCAAGCCCUCCCUGUGGAUUAAUCUGCAAAGUGCAUUUACAGCCAUGGGCGUUUAUGGUUAACUGAAUAUGGCUUUUGAAAAAUGCUAACCAAAUAGACAAAAUGCAUCAUAUUGAUAUAGAGAAGGUUCAAAUAAUUCUAAGGGAUAGAUUUUCUCAAAAUCAGAACAAUGUCCGUAGAGGCCUGCACUCCAUAUGGACAUUUAGGAACCCGUGUGACAUAUCUAAGAGCCUAUCGGCUUUAGAGAUGAGACAUGUUAAAAAAUGGUCAAAAAACAUGAGCAAUCAAGGGUGUUGACUGGUUGUAAACUGGUCACAGCCUGUCUUGUACUGGGAUGCCAACACAGAUAUGGUUAGGAUGAAGUGUAGAGACCAGGGGCACCAACUUGCUCCCCCCCCCCAUUAAAGGGGUCUGGCCGCAUGACUUGUCACAUAAUGCCGCAAGGUGGGUGCGAGAUGGGCGGAGGGUGAUCUUCACCCCAGUGGGGAAUGUCAUCCCCCUCAAUAUUGGCAGCGCUCAACCCCCGGCCCACCAAGGAUGCUGAAUUCCUUUUUGCCCCCUGUAGUUGGCACCCCUGGUAGAGGCAGCUAUGCCAAUUGUUGUUGUUUAGUCGUUUAGUCGUGUCCGACUCUUCGUGACCCCAUGGACCAGAGCACGCCAGGCACUUCUAUCUUCCACUGCCUCCCACAGUUUGGUCAAACUCAUGCUGGUAGCUUCGAGAACACUAUUCAACCAUCUGAUCCUCUGUCGUCCCCUUCUCCUUGUGCCCUCCAUCGUUCCCAACAUCAGGGUCUUUUCCAGGGAGUCUUCUCUUCUCAUGAGGUGGCCAAAGUAUUGGAGCCUCAGCUUCAGGAUCUGUCCUUCCAGUGAGCACUCAGAGCUGAUUUCCUUCAGAAUGGAUAGGUUUGAUCUUCUUGCAGUCCAUGGGACUCUCAAGAGUCUCCUCCAGCACCAUAAUUCAAAAGCAUCAAUUCUUCGGCGACCAGCUUUCUUUAUGGUCCAGCUUUCACUUCCAUACAUCACUACUGGGAAAACCAUAGCUUUAACUAUACGGACCUUUGUUGGCAAGGUGACAUCAUACUGUGUGUCAAUGUGUGAGGCAUCACACGUGUGCAACGGGUUCCCCCGCAAUGUUGGGCAGAACUUGGUGCCUCUGUUCGGAGUCAGCCACUGAAGCAGAAGAUGGGAAUCUUAAGGCUGAUGAGACUGUAGCCAUUUCCUCCAAAAUCAUUUGUUCAUUCAUUUUUGCAGGAAAUCCAGACAGCAUAGAUGCCAACCCCUUCCAUUCUAAUGUUUUCCAUGUGCUCUCUCUCUCUCUCUCUCUCUUCAGGAUCUGUCCUUCCAGUGAGCACUCAGGGCUGAUUUCCUUAAGAAUGGAUAGGUUUGAUCUUCUUGCAGUCCAUGGGACUCUCAAGAGUCUCCUCCAGCACCAUAAUUCGAAAACAUCAAUUCUUCGGCGAUCAGCCUUCUUUAUGGUCCAGCUCUCACUUCCAUACAUCACUACUGGGAAAACCAUAGCUUUUACUAUACGGACCUUUGUUGGCAAAGUGAUGUCUCUACUUUUUAAGAUGCUGUCUAGGUUUGUCAUUGCUUUUCUCCCAAGAAGCAGACGUCUUUUAAUUUCGUGGCUGCUGUCACCAUCUGCAGUGAUCAUGGAGCCCAAGAAAGUAAAAUCUCUCACUGCCUCCAUUUCUUCCCCUUCUAUUUGCCAGGAGGUGGCACCUGGAGGAGGAACCGGCAAGCCACUCCAGUAUCCCUGCCAAGAAAACUCCAUGGACAAAGACAACAGGCUAUGCCAGUUUUGUGGGAAGCGACUUUGGAAAUGGGGUUAGGAAGGUGAAAAGUGAUAUUAGAGAUGGCAUGGGUUGGGAAGGGGAAGUUCUUUGGGGUUAAACUGGGGUGAAUGACAGUGGGGCUAGUAAACCAGGUGAGCAGGGGUGCAGCCCCUAACAUGUUUAUAUUUGCACACUGUGUUCAGUUCAAGGUGUCUCAAUCUGCAAAAGAUUUGCAGCCCAGCCACAAAGCAGAAUGCCCUCUUCUCUCGCUCACAGCUUAUUUGCAGUUUGUCUGCUUGCAAUGACAUUUUUUUUUGUAGAAUUCAUGGUUUAGUAAUGGAGCAUGAAAUACGGGCACUGAUAUCUUUGGCACAUUCUUUUGUUUUGUUAAGUUUUCAGCCCCGGUACACCAUCUAUUUAAAGACCUUGCCAUAAAUAUAUCUACUGAGCAGAAAUAUGCUGCAGCAGACAAAUGACUGUUGCAGCUGAGGGAAGUCAAAAGAAACAUUUCCAGCGUCAAUAUAAAUAAAUGGAAGAAAAGGUUUGCUCCUUCUUCUGCCAACUUACAAGGUUGACACUGGCUGGAGCUACACAUUCUGGCAACAGAAACUGUGUCACUGAAGAGAAACAGCCAGCCCUAUUUUGCUCAUAGCAUGGCUAGAAUAAAUUCAGAUGAAUCCAAAAGGUGUAACUGAAUGAGUAAGCCGCUACAGUUCUUUAGUUUCAAAAGAUCAACCGUGUCUGAAAUGACACAUUAAUGGCAAGUACCACUGACUUCAAUAGAAUGUAUUCAUUGUGAUAGACCAUAGCUCAAUGUUAGAUAAUAUGCAUUGCAUGAUAAAUGUGUGGGAUAAUCAGCCUCAUAUAACCAACAUGCUUAAGUCUAAUUAAAGUAUGAAGGGGUUAAGACCGUAGAGUAAGCUGUCCUGCCUUAGCUCUCCUUGAGGAGGACUAGGCAAUCAAACCUUUGGCUCCUCCCACCCUGUGAAGCUCAACGUGUGAGGAGAUCUGAGCAGGUUAUCCCCCUUCAGACCACAUGGCACUCGCAAGCCACUCUUGAGUUUAUACACCAAUAAUUUAGGAACUUUCACCACUUUGGAACUAAACGAAGCUUUACUGCCUGUGCAACUUUUUCUGGAUGCUGCAUGGAAAAGCACAUGAAUUGGGAGAGCUUGUAAGUAAACAUUUUUUUAACUUUCCAAAUUUUUGGUCUUUUUCUAUGCUAGGUGAAGAGGGAAGGUUUUGGAACUCAUGCUUCUUAUAAGAUAUUCGCCAGCCAAUGCUCUUAAUGCUCUGCACCUGCCUGCCACUACUGCCGCCACCUCUACCUGCUGCCACUGCUUGCUGCCAAGUCCUCCACACCUGCCACCGCCUACUCCUCUCCAGCCUCCUUUUAAUCCCCUGCUGCCUUCCAUUCUUCUUUUGUUAGUACUUCUCCAUCCUUCCAUCUCUGGACUAGUAGCAUUCUCGCUGCCAUCUUUGCAUACCUGGGCAAUUUUUUUAAUUUAAUAGUAAAUGUCUGGGUAUUUCUCUAUUCUAGGCCAGAAGCAGACGUGCUGUGGAGAGGUUGCUUAAUCUUUGGCCCACUUGCCGGUCGCCCCCCAAAAAGCACAACAACUUUGGAAGAUCACUCAAAAAAAGCUCAGCUACUGUGUCUGGAUUUUUACUUCUUGAAAUAUGGCAGCCCUAAAGCUGUCUGCUGGAAUGUUGAAGCCACGCCUCUUCCUAUGACCAGUCUGUAUAUUUGCAGUCAAAUAUCCCAUUGGACAUUUAUUACGGUCAUAGAUCAGCACGAUGCAAGUGAAGCCACAUGUAAAACAUUAAAUAAACUCAAAUAUUACAAGAUGCAUUAAUGGACCUUCUUCCACAGGAAACCAAACCGGGGUAAGUGUUGCUUGCCUAGAAUUCCCCACCACUCAGAGACAUGAGGUGAGCAAUGUUGUUUCUUUGAAGGCACCUGAGAGGAAGCCGUGUGGGCAGAUGUGCCCCCUGUUCCUUCUCCCUCCCCAACCUCCCAGAGGCCUGCUCCAUAUCCGAGAAGAGCAUUAAGUUGAAGAGAUGAAGGCAAGAAGCGAUUGCUAUGCUUUUAAAAGUACGAGAUGUGCACACCAGGACUUCUAACACGGGCGUCUAAGAAGCCAACUCGGGUGUGUAUUCUUCCUUCACUUGCUGGUUUCACAGGCAAGAUCUCCUUCGGGAAUAAUGAUGGGAAAAGAGCAAAGCACUCAGGCAAGGAAGGACUAUAUUCACACUGUAACAACCGAAUUGUGCUCUUUUCCUGUUUGGUCUCUCCACACCCACCCUACUUUUGCAGAUAUGCAUCAGUGUCACAUCCAAAAUCUAAGUGCGCAGGCUGGCUCAUCUCAUGGCUGGGAAUAGCUACAAGUCUGAGACCUUUUCAAGUACAGUAUGUGUAUCUUGUUUCACUUCGUUGCUCUGCUUCAUUACUAUGGUAAUCUCCUUUCUCCGUGAGUGUUUAUAUAAGGCUUGUUCCCUAGGUUAGAAAACAAGAAUUGCUUUCAUUGUUGGGCUUCCUCCAAUAUCUCCAUCAUUAAUUAUAAACACAUUUUCCCCGUCAAAUCUUUUCACACCCUUUGAUCUCCAGCUAGCUAUUUAAAGACCUGGGUAACAGUACAACACCAGCAUUUGGCAAGAGCCAUGAAGUCUGAGUGAGGAAAAUGUCCUGGAUGGAAAUACUUAUCUUUUUUAAACAUAUUAUUAUUCUACAGCCACCUCAUACACCUCACACUGGGUUUCUCAGUGGUUUCUGACCAUUCCUCUGAGCAGCUGGAUUUUUUGUUGUUGUUAUCAGGAGAUUUCACACAAAGCACCCUGAUUUGGCAGAAAGGGCCCAUGGAUAAAGUUGGGUGUGUAUUAAGGCUGACUCUGUGUGCUCCUGGGAAGAUGUUUGCUGCAAUCAGAUGGAAGCAGAAUUUAAAGUGCAAAUCUAUGCAUCUCUAGUCAAAAGUAAGCCCAAAGUGAGUUCACUGGUGUUAUGUACUGAAGUUCUCACCCUGGGCUAGCAGGGGGAUACUGUAGAUAGUUAUGCAAAUGAAGGAUCGAAAGUGACGUUCAGUGAUUGGAUAGUUUGUAUGCAAAUGAAGGAUCGAAAGUGACGUUCAGUGAUUGGAUAGUUUUAGAAAGUUGUUACAGUAGCAUUGUACUGGAGCUCUAUAUACGCAGG